AUGGCCACUUCAAAUGGUAAAGGUGAAAAAGUGUCCAAGUUUGAGACCUUAAAACUUUUGGAGAAAUGCAGAAAGGAGAGAGACGAUGCCAUGCAUAGGGAGAGUGUUGUCAGAGAAAAGAUUAGACAGUAUGAGUCGAGGAUGCGUUCAACAGAGGCGUUGAGACAGAAGCUGAAGACCCUGACAAUGGACAAUAAGGAGAUGAGGAAACAAGUGAAGACUCUUCGUGCCGAGCUCGGACUUGAGUCCAGUCCCAAGUUCAAUGGGAAAACAACAAAGGAUAUCAUUAACGAGCUGCAUGAGAAGGAGCGUCAGUGCAGUUCCUUGGUUGAAAAGGCUGGAAAACUGAGCUUGACCAUUGAUGACUUGACAUCAGAGUUGGCAAACACAGUCACAUCCAAGACUCUCUUGGAAGAUCAAGUCCAGUCAUUGCAACAAAACCUCAAGGACAUGACAAACAAUCAGCGUCGUUUGCUGAAAUUAUGGGAGGACAAGAAGGCACAGAGGGAGCAGCUGGCUCUUCCUGCAAUCCCCCAGAGAGCUGGGGGAGCUGGGCAGAAACCGGUGGUCCAAAAAGCGGUUCAGACUGAGAUGUCCAUCAGCUCGUCCCAGAAGCUCCCAGUCAAUGCAUUUGAGACCAAGCCAUUACAUCGGGAUAGUGAGAAAAAGUCUGUUGUAGACAAACACAGUUUUGCAGCUUUGGGAAAUGGGACUCGUCAUCAUGACAAGAAAGUCCUCGUGCAUGAUGGGACCAGAGGACUGGAGAACUGACCUCGUGCAUGAUGAGACCAGAGGACUAGAGAACUGACCUGACCCGCCUGAAAGCCGUUGGCAGUUUGGUUCAUAACUCUGGCUUGAGAAAAGCAGAAUCACACAAA